CGCCUGACGAAUAAAUCCUAAAUAAUUUUUCGAUAUUCCAUUCAACUACGUUCUUGCGGAUUUUGUUACGAGAGUAAUUACACGUCAUCGUCAAAUAGUGUUGUGGAUGAGAAAGUAACAAAGGAAUAACGUAAUUAAAUCUUUACAUUUACACUUGUACGCUUUCCACAACUGAAAUCGAGAAGUGAAACGCUAAGAUGAAGAUUUUGAUCGCGCUUUGCGCGAUCCUUGCUGUAUGCACAGCAAGGAUAGUAAUUAAUGCUGAGGGACCAGCAAAUCUUCAUCUUUUGGGUGAACAGGAAUGUACAUGGGGACCUUCUUACUGGUGUGAAAAUAUUAAAACUGCAUCUGGAUGCAAUGCAACCAAACAUUGUAUUAAAACAGUAUGGCAGGAUAUGAAAGUGCCAAAGGAUAAUGACGAUGUUUGCCAUGUUUGUGAAGACAUGGUUCAACAGGCCCGUGAUCAAUUGGAAAGCAAUCAAACUCAAGAGGAUUUGAAAGCUGUUUUUGAAGGAAGUUGUAAAUUAAUUCAUAUAAAGCCUAUUGUACAAGAAUGCAUAACAAUUGUGGAUCAGUUUAUUCCUGAUCUUGUUGAGACAUUGGCAUCACAAAUGAAUCCAUCUGUUGUUUGUUCUGUUGCGGGACUUUGUAAUUCUGCUCAUAUAGAUAAACUAUUAAUGGCACAUGAACAUUCUGAACAUAAGAUGGAAGAAUUAAAAUCUUAUUCUUUGGAAAAAGAUGAACUUGAACCUGAUGAAUGUUCAAAAUGUUACACAGUUGCAACACAUAUGGAACACAAACUAAAAAACACUCCUCGUGAUAAAAUGUUACAACAAAUGCUUAAUUUGUGUGCAGAACUCAGUACUUUUACAGAUGCCUGUUCAGCUACAAUUUUAACUUACUUUGAUACAAUAUAUACUCACUUACAAGAGAAUUUCAAUGCUGAAAGUAUUUGUCACUUGUCUGGUCAGUGUAGUGCUAAGUUCCACAAACAUGAAGAUGCUGAUAAAACUUUGAAGGUAGAAAUCAGACCACUUUCAAGUGUGGGUAUGGUUGAUGUAAAUGAUGAUCUUCCAUGUAAAUUAUGUGAACAACUAGUAGAACAUUUAAGAGAUAUUUUGAUAACUAAUACUACAGAAUCAGAAUUUGAACAAGUUUUGAAAGGAUUAUGUAAAGAAACUAAAUCAUUUGCAUCAGAGAGUGAACCAAUAUGGCCUUUAUUAUCUGAAAGUGCAGCUGAAAUAGGAGUACGGAUUUUCCAAGGUGCAAAUAAGAAUCUGGAAAAUGACAAUGAUGAACAAUUAAGUAAAUCAGAAGUUGAAGCAAUGCAAUUACCUAUUGAAAGAUUAGUACCUUUCCCUAUAUCAGAGGGUUCAUUGGGCAUUAAUGGAAAAGAAACAUGUGCAUUAUGCGAUAUGACAUUGCAUUAUAUACAAAAUACAUUAAUGAAUCCUUAUACAGAGUCUGACAUAAAAAAAGCACUAAAUAAGGUAUGUAAGUUAUUGCCAGAAUCUGUAUACGGACAAUGUACGGAAUUUGUAGACCUUUAUGGAGAUGCAAUUAUAGCUAUAUUAAUUCAAGAAAUUGACCCAUCUCAAGUAUGCCCAAUGUUACGUCUGUGUCCCACUGCGAAAUUAACGGAACUGUGGCAAAGUGUUCCAGCAAAAUAUAUGCUAGAAAAAGAAAAGAAACCUAGUUGUCCAUUAUGUUUACUUGCUGUCACACAAAUUUAUAAUGUCAUAAAAAAUAAUAAAUCAGAGGAAAACAUAGAACAUGCACUGGAUAAAUUAUGUAUUCAUUUGCCGCAUAGUUUGGCUGGACAAUGCACAGACUUGGUUAAAGAUUACAGUAAAGAACUUGUAGAACUGUUAUUGGCAGAUUUAACACCUCAAGAAGUAUGUGUCUUUCUGAAAUUAUGUGAUGAUGAAAAAUAUCCUGUUCCAAGAAAUGAAUUUAUUACUGACGAAGAUGGUGAAAUUUUAACUAAUGAAAUACCAAAUGUUCCACUACGUUCUGAAAUAUCAGAAAGUACACAGGAAACUACAGAGUGUGCUAUUUGUGAAUUAGUUAUGCAUAUUAUUGACGACGAACUUGAUAAUGAAAAGGAAAAAGAUAAAGUUGAAAGUGUAGUGCAUGGUGUAUGCAAUCAGCUUCCUGGGUCUAUUUCUGGAAAAUGUAAUAGAUUGGUUAACAAAUAUGCUGAUGUUGUAAUUGAGCUUAUUACAAAAAACGUUAGUCCUAAACAGAUGUGCACUAUGAUUGCACUUUGUCCAAAAUCUCUAUACGAAUUGGAAGAAACUAGUGAAAUACUAAAUGCUGGACUAAGUUCUGAAAUAUCAGUAGACACAGAGGGUAUAGAGUGUACCCUCUGUGAAUUAGCUAUGCGUUUCAUUAACAAGGAACUUGGUAGUGAAAAGUCAAAAAAUAAAGUUGAAGGUGCAGUGCAUGGUGUAUGCAAGCAUUUCCCAAAGGUUCUUUCUCGGAAAUGUAAUAAAUUUGUUGAGAAACAUGGUGCUCAGAUGGUUGAUGCUAUUAUAAAAGUUGUUAGCUCUAAAAAGGUGUGCGCGCUACUUGGACUUUGCACAUUGUAUGAAAAUGAAUCGGAAGUAAUUAAUGAAAUAGCAAGUGUUGAAAUAUCAGUAGACACGGAUGGCUCAGCAUGUGCUGUCUGUGAAUUAGCUAUGCGUUUCGCUGAGAAGGAACUUGGUAGUGAAAGGGGAAAAAAUAAAGUUGAAGGUACAGUGCAUGGUGUAUGCAAUCAUCUUCCAAAGUCUCUUUCUAAAACAUGUAACAAAUUUGUUAGCGAAUAUUCUAGUGCAGUAAUUGAUCUUAUUAUAAAAAACGUUAGUCCUAAAAAGGUGUGCACUGCAAUUCAUCUUUGUUCAAAAUAUUUUCAGGAAUUGAAAGCUUCUUCUUCAGAUAUUACUAAGUAUCAAAUGUAUCCAAAUCUUUAUCAGCAAGUGUACAAAUACAUAUAAAGUAAUUCGUUAAUAUUUUCCUGGCCAACCUUUUUCUACAUUUAAUGUGAAAAUAUAACGUUCAAUUAUUUUUAGUGUAAUACGCUUGUAAAUUCUAUUGGACAGAGUAUAAUAAACCUUGUUAAACGACGUGAGAAUGUUUAAAAAAUAUGCAUAAAAUAAGUCUUUGUGCACCUAAUGAUUAUUCAGCAGUGUUUGGAAAGUUUACGGAUUAAACGGUCAUACGAAAAAAUUCGUGCAAAGUAAUAUACUUAGGGAACUGGUGUUCGUAAACUGUAUGUAUUUUG